AUGCCGGAGGAGUCUUUGACCAUCAGUCUGGAGGACUUGAUCGAUCAAGCUCCUGAGUCUCCAGAGACAGAGAACACUCCUGGCCAAGAAUCAGCUACAGAGAAUGCUACUCAAAUCAUUGCAGCUCCCGUCCAAGCCGAGGAGAGUGCUGACCCACCCGUCCCUGAGGAGCACUCCACUUUCAGAGAUUGUGAAGACUACCUUGAAUGGCGCCCCCGAGGCAGGUGGGCUCCCCCUACAGUUGCAAGGCCCAUCCCGAAACCCAAACCGGGCAAGAAGAAAGAUGAUGAUAAGGAUAAGGACAAGGACAAGAAGAAACGCAAGGACGAUAAGGACAAGGAUAAGGGUAAAGGCAAGACUCAGGCAGGGCGAGGUUAA